UAUUACUUGAUAACCACCUGUAGAUUGAUUUGAUUUCAAUGAAUGAAUAAACAACGAAACCCAGUCUAGUUGAGUUGAGCGUAGACGGUGUAUUCUGUCCCAUUCUAAAGGAUUCGCGCCGUCGCCCUCCGAUCAUACGAGUUCGCGUUAUUUGUGUCGCCGAAUUUAAUCGAUGCUCGUUUAUUUGGCUGCACGUUCCUUUGUUUUUCGACUAAAUUUGGCCAAACUUGAAUCAAAUUACAAUUCAGUUAUUGAGUUGUCGAUUAGAAAUUACAUCGAGUGAUAAAAUGGUACCUACCUAAUUGAAUUGGGAAUUAAACUUCUACUCGAAAAAUAAUUACUUUCUAAUGACUAGUAAAUACAUGAAAAACGAGUUUUUGAACGAGCUUUUAUGCUAGUAUUAUUUACAUAAUCGUUUGGUAUUUUUGAGACUGCAGUACAAGCCCGCUAGCGUAUGCUCGAGGUCGUCGAUAAGGUGGUGUUGGUUUUCGGUUUCUUAUUUAAUUUUGUACAAAGUUUUGCUAAUUAUUUGUUACGGUCCAUUAAGUUUACAAAGGUGGAAGGCAAUAAUACUGAAGAAAACAAAGGACAAAGUAGUGAAAAAGUGACAAAAAGUGAUGAUUUUGAUGACGUUAAUAACACUAAAUUAAAAAGACCGGAUAGUUUAAAGUUCGUACCAAAAAUAAAUAAAAGUUUUAAAAACAAACAUCCGAAGGCCAAAACUAAAAAAAAUUCUUUGCAAGUGGAUAACAAACUAAAAAAUCAAGAAAUCGUUAGUCCAGUUCCCAAUAAACUAGAAGAUAAUUUUUCUGGUUCGGAAUCCAUUCAAGUAAACGAACAAACAUUUUUGUUCCAAGUACAAAAUAAUUUUGACUGUAAAACAAUCAAUGGCUGUGCUACAAUCGUAGAAGAAACUGUCAGAUCUACAGAUAAACUCCACAACAAUAAUAAUAGUGAGGUGGGAGACGCAGCAACAGCAGCGACUUCUCCAUCUAGCCCAGAUCCAACCGCCUUUAGCCCAAAUUUCAACUUUUAUCCGCAAAAAAUGAAUAAAAAGUGUUUUGGAAGGAGAAAUAGUAAACGAUUCGUUAUUGGGGAUGGCGAAGAUGAAUUGCCAUCUCCUAAUCCUCCUGAUGUUACUGUCACAGAGAGUCCUAAUGUAGAGAAGAAACCUGGCUGGAUGCACGUACACGAGGAAAACAAGCUGUCAGUUUCUGUACCUAGAAAAGGGCUAAAGCCCUCCAUGUCCCAAGGGACUGUUAUGCUCCACAACAACAGGCUGCAAGAAAAAGAUUUCACAGUCGCCACCCCUGAGGAAUUUGUCAAAAGAUUCAACGGAACGAAAGUUAUAAAUAAAGUUCUCAUAGCCAAUAACGGUAUAGCAGCAGUAAAAUGUAUGAGAUCAGUACGACGUUGGUCCUAUGAAAUGUUCAAAAACGAACGAGCCAUUCGUUUUGUUGUAAUGGUAACCCCCGAAGACCUAAAAGCCAACGCCGAAUACAUAAAAAUGGCCGAUCACUAUGUACCAGUGCCUGGGGGUACUAACAAUAACAACUAUGCCAAUGUAGAGCUUAUUGUGGAUAUCGCUGUUAGAACGCAAGUUCAGGCUGUUUGGGCUGGUUGGGGUCAUGCCUCUGAAAACCCUAAACUUCCAGAAUUAUUGCACAAAAAUGGAAUUAUUUUUAUAGGACCUUCAGAAAAAGCUAUGUGGGCUCUUGGAGAUAAAAUCGCAUCGUCAAUAGUUGCUCAAACAGCCGAUGUACCAACUUUGCCGUGGUCGGGCGGAGGCCUUAAAGCACAAUACUCUGGCAAAAAAAUCAAAAUUUCUUCGGACCUCUUUGCAAAAGGCUGUGUCACAACAGCAGAAGAAGGUCUGGCGGCUGCACAUAAAAUUGGAUUUCCUGUCAUGAUUAAAGCUUCAGAAGGUGGUGGAGGUAAAGGAAUUAGAAAAGUCGAACAGCCUGACGAAUUUGCUGCCGCCUUCAGGCAGGUACAAACUGAAAUUCCCGGUUCACCGAUUUUCGUGAUGAAACUGGCACGUGGUGCCCGGCACUUGGAAGUGCAAUUGUUGGCCGAUAACUAUGGAAAUGCUAUUUCGCUUUUCGGCAGAGAUUGUUCUAUACAGAGAAGGCAUCAGAAGAUUAUUGAGGAAGCUCCUGCUUCGAUAGCGAGUCCUGAAGUUUUCGAAGAAAUGGAAAAGGCAGCUGUUCGUCUAGCAAAAAUGGUAGGAUACGUCUCUGCUGGUACUGUAGAAUACCUAUAUGAAACUUCUGGAAACUACUACUUUUUGGAAUUAAAUCCUCGGUUGCAAGUCGAACAUCCUUGCACAGAAAUGGUUUCCGAUGUCAACCUUCCGGCUGCUCAAUUGCAAAUCGCUAUGGGGCUACCUCUUCACUAUAUUAAGGACAUUAGAUUAUUAUAUGGGGAAUCUCCAUGGGGUACAACAGAAAUCGACUUUGAUAUUCCCAAUCAUAAACCGCAACCUUGGGGGCAUGUUAUCGCUGCAAGAAUUACUUCAGAAAACCCUGACGAAGGUUUCAAACCAAGCUCUGGAACAGUCCAAGAACUAAACUUCCGUUCAUCAAAAAACGUUUGGGGGUACUUUUCAGUAGCCGCCUCUGGAGGGCUUCACGAGUUUGCAGACUCUCAGUUCGGACAUUGUUUUUCUUGGGGUGAAAACAGAGAACAGGCCAGAGAAAAUUUGGUCAUUGCCCUUAAGGAAUUGUCAAUUAGAGGAGAUUUUAGGACUACAGUAGAGUACCUGAUCACAUUAUUGGAGACUAAAGAUUUUCAGGAGAAUACCAUCGAUACUGCUUGGCUAGAUAUCCUAAUCCAGGAAAAGGUGCAGUCGGAAAAACCCAAUGUUAUGCUAGCAGUUGUUUGUGGAGCUCUUCACAUAGCAGACAAAACAAUAGAAACAGCUUUCCAAGAAUUCAUAAGUUCCCUAGAAAAAGGUCAAAUACAAGGCUCAAAUACUCUUACCAAUAUAGUUGAUGUUGAAUUAAUUAAUAGUGGAAACAAAUAUAAAGUUCAAGUUGCGAAAAGUGGACCAAAUACCUACUUUUUACAAAUGAAUGGAACUUUCAAAGAAAUUGAAGUCCAUCGCCUUAACGACGGUGGAAUACUAUUAUCAAUCGAUGGUUCCUCAUUUACCACCUACAUGAGAGAAGAAGUGGACAGCUAUCGUAUAGUAAUAGGCAACCAAACCUGUGUUUUUGAAAAAGAAAACGACCCUACUAUUUUGAGAUCCCCAUCCGCAGGAAAAUUAAUUAGUUUCUUGAUUGAAGAUGGUGGCCACGUAAAUAGAGGUCAACCUUAUGCUGAAAUCGAAGUUAUGAAGAUGGUUAUGACUCUAACGUCAGGAGAAGCUGGCAUUUUAAAUUAUGCCAAAAGACCUGGGGCUGUUUUAGAUGGCGGUUCUAUCAUAGCCAAUUUAGAAUUGGACGAUCCUAGUUUGGUUACUAAGGCUGUGCUCUAUAAAGGACCCUUCCCAGAAAUGGAUACUUUUGCACAAAAUUGUCCAGAAAAAUUAAAUCAUAUUCAUAUUAGUUACAAAUCGAUGUUGGAUAAUACUUUGGCUGGCUUUUGUUUACCAGACCCUUAUAACAUUCCCAGAUUAAGAGAGGUCAUCGAAAAAUUUAUGUCCUCCCUCCGAGACCCGAGCCUUCCUCUACUAGAACUCCAAGAAGUUAUGGCCUCAAUAUCUGGUCGUAUUCCAAUUGCGGUUGAAAAGAAAAUUCGUAGGCUCAUGCAACUGUAUGAAAGAAAUAUUACGUCAGUUUUGGCUCAAUUUCCUAGUCAACAAAUUGCCAGCGUUAUUGAUAGUCAUGCAGCUAUGCUGCAUAAAAGGACUGACAGAGAUGGGUUCUUUUUGGCCACUGAGGGGAUUGUGCAGUUAGUUCAAAGAUACAGAAACGGUAUCAGAGGGCGCAUGAAGGUGGCAGUCCAAGAUCUAUUAAAACAAUAUUACGAUGUUGAAAGCCAAUUCUUACAUGGCUCCUAUGACAAAUGCGUGUCACUUUUAAGAGAAAAACAUAAGGACGACAUGAAGCUGGUAUCUGCCACUAUAUUUUCUCAUGCUCAAGUGGCCAAAAAAAAUCUGUUAAUUACAAUGCUGAUAGAUCAUUUAUGGUCAAACGAACCAGGAUUAACUGAUGAAUUAGCGUCGGCUUUAACUGAACUCACUUCUUUGAACAAAAGUGAACAUUCUAGAGUGGCUUUAAGGGCUCGUCAAGUUCUUAUAGCAGCUCACCAGCCUGCAUACGAGCUACGUCACAAUCAAAUGGAGAGUAUAUUCUUGUCGGCUGUAGAUAUGUAUGGGCACGAAUUCCAUCCAGAAAAUUUACAAAAGCUCAUUGUUUCAGAAACGUCUAUUUAUGAUAUUUUGCAUGAUUUCUUUUUCCAUACAAAUAAGUCGGUUUCUGGUGCAGCCUUAGAGGUUUAUGUUAGAAGAGCUUACACCAGUUAUGAUAUAGUGACUCUUCAGCAUUUAGAACUUAGUGGAGAAAUUCCAGUAGUACAUUUCCAAUUUUUAUUGCCUCCAAGUCAUCCCAAUAGAUUAUCAAAGCUAAUCAAUAGUGUACCUGAUAAUGAUAAUCUCUUAGCAGAACAGCUAACCAUUUUGGACACAUUCCAAAGGACAGGUUGCAUGGCCGCGUUCGAAAACUUCCACCAAUUUGAAGAAUAUGCCGAUGAAAUUUUAGAUUUAAUUGAAGAUUUCUCAAAUCCUGCUACCAUAAGUGCCAAAGAUUUGAAUGCGGUAGAGUCAGGCUCGGAAUCGAGAAAAAAUUCAACUUCUAUCAAUGUUAGUUUAUCACUAGACGGCCCUAGAGCAGUUCAAAUCGAUGAAAACGUUUUCCUUGAGCCUAUACAUAUUUUGCAUGUCGGAAUUAAGGAUGACGGUGACAAAGACGAUUCAACUAUGAGCAAAUUAUUUUUGAAUUUCUGUUCGAAACACAAAGAGGAACUUUUAAGUCGAAAAAUUAGGCGGAUCACAUUUAGUCCGUUAAAACACAAACAAUUUCCCAAAUUUUUCACAUUUAGAGCCAGAGAUGGUUUUAAGGAGGACAAGAUUUUCCGACAUCUUGAGCCAGCAGCUGCAUUCCAAUUAGAAUUAACUAGAAUGAGGUCGUAUAAUUUGGAAGCUUUGCCAACUUCUAAUCAAAAAAUGCAUUUGUAUUUAGGAAAAGCCAAAGUGCCUCCAGGCAAAGAAGUUACUGAUUACAGAUUUUUUAUUAGAAGCAUUAUAAGACAUUCAGAUUUGAUAACCAAAGAAGCAUCGUUUGAAUAUCUACAAAAUGAAGGAGAAAGAGUCCUUCUGGAAGCCAUGGACGAACUAGAAGUGGCCUUUUCCCAUCCUCAAUCGAAAAGAACAGACUGCAAUCAUAUUUUCCUCAACUUUAUCCCCACUGUGAUCAUGGAUCCAGCCAAAAUCGAGGAAGCUGUCACCAAUACAGUGCUACGUUACGGUCCUAGAUUAUGGAAGCUUCGCGUGUUACAGGCCGAAAUCAAAGUUUUAAUUCGACCAUCUCCAAACGCACCUACGACUCCGAUCCGUCUUUGUCUGGCCAAUGACAGCGGCUAUUAUUUGGACAUAAACAUGUACACAGAAAAGGUGGAUCCGGAAUCGGGCGAAAUUAGAUUUCAGGCGUUCGGAAAGCGACAAGGUCCGAUGCAUGGACUACCAAUUUUCACACCAUACUUGGCCAAAGAUUAUUUACAACAGAAACGAUUCCAAGCACAAAGCAACGGCACAACCUACGUAUACGACUAUCCGGAAAUGUUUAGACAAAUGGUCGAUUUACAGUGGAAACAAUACAGCCAACAGUUUAUAUCUGAGCAAGUAAGCAUUCCAGAUAAAUUAAUGGAUUUUGUCGAGUUAGUACUUGACGUGGAGACCGAAUCCCGAUUAGUAGAACAAAAACGUGUUGCAGGUGAAAACAAUGUUGGAAUGGUUGCUUGGAAAUUAACUCUUUACACUCCCGAAUAUCCUGAUGGUAGAGAUAUAAUUGUGAUUUCAAACGACAUAACGUAUAGUAUAGGAUCUUUCGGUCCCAGAGAGGAUAAGGUCUAUGGAUUAGCCUCUGAAUUAGCAAGAAAACUGAAAAUCCCGAGGAUAUAUGUAUCUGUGAAUUCAGGCGCCAGAAUCGGUUUGGCCGAAGAAGUGAAGCAACUGUUCAAGAUUUCUUGGAUUGAUCCUAAAGAUCCUGAAAAGGGUUUCAAAUAUUUGUAUUUGAGUCCCGAAGAUUAUGCUAAAAUUAGUUCUUCCAAUUCGGUUAGAGCACAAUUAAUUGAUGAUGAAGGCGAAUCUCGUUAUAGAAUCACUGAUAUUAUAGGAAAAGAGGAUGGUUUGGGCGUGGAAAAUUUGAAAUAUGCUGGUAUGAUAGCUGGUGAAACAUCAUCAGCUUAUGAAGAAGUAGUAACAAUUUCAAUGGUCAGUUGUCGAGCAAUCGGUAUAGGUUCUUAUAUAGUUAGAUUAGGUCAAAGGGUGAUACAAAUCGAGAAUUCGUAUAUAGUAUUAACAGGGUACAAUGCUCUAAAUAAAGUACUCGGUAAAGAAGUUUAUGCAUCAAAUAAUCAAUUAGGAGGAAUCCAAAUUAUGUAUAAUAACGGUAUCACACAUAAAACUGAACAAAGUGAUCUGGAUGGAAUCUACACAAUCUUAAAAUGGCUAUCCUACGUUCCAAAAGACAAAAUGUCCCCAGUUCCUAUAGUUAAAACGAGCGAUCCCAUCGACAGAGACAUCGAUUACACACCAACGAAAGCACCCUACGAUCCACGCUGGAUGUUGGAGGGUAGAGAAUCUCCGAAAGAUCCCGGCAUUUGGGAAUCGGGCUUUUUCGAUAAGGGCUCGUGGAACGAAAUUUUACGGCCUUGGGCUCAAACAGUCGUUACUGGCCGCGCUAAAUUAGGUGGAAUCCCUGUGGGAGUAAUUGCAGUCGAAACCAGAACGGUUGAACUCAAUUUGCCCGCUGAUCCUGCUAAUUUAGACUCUGAGGCUAAGACUGUAUCUCAAGCAGGUCAAGUAUGGUUCCCUGAUUCUGCUUACAAGACUGCUCAAACUAUCAAAGAUUUUUCCAAAGAAGACUUGCCGCUAUUUAUAUUUGCUAAUUGGAGAGGUUUUAGUGGGGGCAUGAAAGAUAUGUAUGAAGAAAUCUUGAAAUUCGGUGCCUACAUUGUUGACGGCUUAAGACAAUACAAACAGCCUAUCAUUGUUUAUAUUCCACCUAAUGGAGAACUGAGAGGAGGAGCAUGGGCUGUUGUUGAUCCCACAAUUAACUCGAGGUAUAUGGAAAUGUACUCUGAUCCCACAGCAAGAGGUGGCGUUCUUGAACCUGAAGGCAUUGUAGAAGUGAAAUACAAAAAACGAGAUCUUAUCAAGACCAUGCACCGUUUAGAUCCUGUUUUAAAAGACCUUGACGAACAACUUAGAGCAUUCCAAGCUACUCAACCAGUGAGAGAAAGAUCUUCUAGUAUAACUCCAGUUCAACCUGUACCUGAAAGAGAAAGACCAAAAGAACUAAGAGAUUUAGAAUCUAAAAUUAAGGACAGGGAAAAUCUUGUUUUACCCAUUUACCAUCAAGUGUCUAUUCAUUUUGCUGAUUUGCAUGAUACUCCGGAAAGAAUGUUGGAAAAAGGAACAAUAUCUGAAAUUGUCGCUUGGAAAAAGUCACGGCAUCAUUUCUUCUGGAGAUUAAGAAGACUCUUGUUACAAGACAGAGUUUUAAAAGCCCUUCUAGAGGCGCAGCCAGAGAUUGCUUUAGGCCAAGGCGAGUAUAUGCUUAGAAGAUGGUUCGUGGAGGAUAAAGGUGCAUCUGAAGGUUACAAAUGGGAUAAAAAUGACGUAGUAGUACAUUGGCUGGAAGAUCAAUGGCUGGAAGAUCAAUUGAGCAAACCGGCACACAUGUCAAUAAUCAGUCGAAAUAUUCAUGCGGUAAAAAAAGACGCUGGGCUUAAUCAGAUUAAGGAAUUGAUAGAGGAAUGUCCUGAUAUGACUCUAGAUGCAAUUGAUGUGAUUAUAGAAAAACUAAACGAUAACCAAAAAGCAGAAGUUAUCAGGAAAUUAUCGCAGCUCGGUUCUUUGGAAAACAUCGAUUAGGAUUAAUUAGAAUUUAGAAAAUUGAGGGGAAUGUAUGUUCAGCAAGUGUUAAAGUUCAGUUAAUUUAUUAAGAAAGAAGUUACAGAGUUUUAACUUUUGUAAGAGGAAGCAAAAGUUGCUGCGAUCUGCCAAGUAGUACAAAAGUAAACAAAAGUUUUGACAUAAAAAAUGAUGCAUGAAAUAGGCAUGCAAAAUAAAAUACAUAUUUUUGUGAUUUUCCUUAUGGUCUGUAAAAUCUAAAGGUACCAUAAUUUAGGUUUUAUAUGCACACAGCCACUUAGUUUUUUUUUUUUUAAUAUUUUAAGUUUAUUAGAUUAUCUGUGUCGGUUUUUGUGGACCAUUUGAAAGCAUUUUUGGACAUUGUAUUUUUGUUGUAAGGGUUUAUUUAUUUCUUAGUCAAAUGAAAAAUUGUAUAGUUUUUGUUUUUAAUUUAUUAAAAUAUUACUUUCCACGAAGAAAGCUGUUAGUUGACCACGUUGUUAUCUUUUUAUUGUUAGAUAUUGAUUAUUUUCAAUAAAAAAAAAUUAUAAGA